GGAAGUGGUAAAAACGAAGAGCCGUUUGGGAGCCGAAAGAGCCGGCUCUUCUUGGUGAGCUGAGCCAAAUGAUCUGAUUCACUAAAAAGAGCCCUAAUUCCCAUCACUGGUUCGGAGGGGAAGCCACGCGCACCGGUAGAUCCGAAACAGUUUCCCGCGAGAUGGACGUUUAGCAAAACUACAAGGAAAAACUACAUGUUGUUAUGGUAGCUAGCCAGCUGUAUUUACAGAUAGGUGAGUCUGUGUUAGCCUAGUUAUGUGUGCUUCAACGCAACGUUAACUAUAGUAGCUGUAAAGUUAUCAUCCACACAGACACACAGGCAGACAGACAGACAGACAGACAGGUGAGUAUCAGGAUGGACAGAGAGUGUGUGUCUCUGCUGCCCGGUGUGUGUGAGGUGCUGGCGAACUCAGGGAGGUCUCUGCCUGAUGACACCAGCCUGGAGAAGCUGCUGGACUGGUUCACAGGGCUCACAGAGACUGGAGGAUCUCUGCUGGAGGCCUGCCCAUGUCUGCUGGAGUUCAUAUCCACUGUGGUUCACAACACCGCUGCAGACCCCGGUGUCCUCUCCUUCACGCUCAGACUCACCGGCUUAUUGGCUGCCGCCGAGGACGGCUUCAAAAUGUUUCAGGAACGCUCUGUCCUGAACCAGGUCUUCAACCUUCAGCACUGGCAAGAAGCAGGACUCUGGGAGGAUCCCUGUUUACGGAUCGGCUGGAUCCAGGGCUUAAGGAGCAUGCUGCAGCACCCAAAGGCUCUCAGUUUCUUUGUACAAUCAGAUUUCAUCGUCCCACUCCUGCAACUCCAGACAGACACAAGUCUAUUCGUUGCCUCAGCUGCAAAUCAAAUGCUCGCCCACGUCCUGCUCUCCUGUCAGCCAGUCUCGUCUGCAGGAUGUAACGGCGUAGAUAAGAAAGAAGACGGGAGGACGCAUACCGGUGCAGAGUACACUGCUGUUGUCACGGCGAUCUCAGAGUACCUCAAGGAGUCGCUGGUUCCCAAAGAAAACACAAAGCUCUGUCAGAGUCUGCCGAUGCUCAAACUGCUGGCCCUGCUCCUGGCCCAGGCCGGGCCUCGUCUCCAGAACGACCUGCUGCAGACAGUCGCAGACUCUCUGGAGGAACUGGUGACGGCAGGCUGCAGUCAGCUCACGCUGCCGCUGAUGGACAUCAUCCUGGCUGCAUGCAGGAGCUCCGGCGAUGAUGAACUCGCCUCAGACCAACUCGUCACCCGUCUUCUAUCGUCCAUGUUGAGCAUUAACAAACCCGCUGACCUCAUUCAUGCUGCAGCUGCUUUUCUUCGCAGAGGUCGACAUGAUAAGGUCCACACAGCCCGGGCCGUGAGAAUACUACUGCUACCCCUCCACAUUAUGACUGGUCAGACUCUACUGGACACAAACACCACUGCAGACGAGCAUCGGUUACAAGUGGUUGAGCAGCUGAAGAGUAAAACCUCCUGCAUCUCUAUGAUCUGUGUCUGUCUGACAAACACACCACACAUCACGCUCAUGCCACCUGACGUCCUCCCCUGUCCUCCAGUUUUGAUUAUCACUGCAGUUCUAUCAUUAUUAAGGAUCUGCAGUGGUGUCUCCUCCUCCUCCUCCUCCUCCUCCUCAUCUUCAUCCACUGGGUGCAGUGAUGUUUGCAGGAACUUAAUCGGCAGUGGCAAAGUUCAGAAAAGUGCCCUCGAGGCUCUGACGGCUCUCAACAGCAGCCCAGGAGCUAAUGAGAAGAUCAGUGAGGUGUUCACAGUUCUGAUACAAUAUCUGGACAAUCCUGAUUCUGACCCCACUGUUCUCCACAAGUGCUGCCAGGCCUUAGUAAAGUGGAUGAGUGUGUGCACAGACCUGCACUUUAUAACAGAGCAGCUGAGACAAGAUCUCGUGGCGGUAGUGAAGAAGCGUGUGUGUGACAUGCAUUGGGAGGUGAGAGACUCGACGGUGGAGUUUCUGGGACACCUGGCAGGCGUGCGUGUCUCCAUGAAAUCAGCCGAGGAGGCGUGUGACGCGUCUGAGGCUCUGCUGGGCGGCGGCUGUACCACUCCCCUCCUGAAGGAAGCGCUCCAGGAUACAGAGAGUUAUGUGAGAGCCAGCGCCGUCUCUGCACUGGCAAAGACACUGACACACAGCUGGCAACAGGGGGCAGCGCUCACCCAGGAGGAGACUGAAAUCGUGAGCCGACUGCUUGAGAUCCUCUCAAAGGACACAGAGGGAUUCCCCAGGAGGGCCGUUGUACAAUACUUCAUCUCCUGGUUCUCUUCACGCUCGUCAUCAUCCUCCUCCUCCUCCUCCUCCUCCUCCUCACUCAUGAUGCAGUGCGUACGCUCCGUCCUCUCACAAGGCAGCGCAGAUCUGGACUGGGAGGUCAAAGUUCACACUCUGGAGCUGGCUGAGCUGCUGCUGGACGAAGCCUUUUCAGGUCACCGGGGUUACAGCAAGGGCUCCAACGCACAUCGUGCCCUGCCGCACCCUUAUGGUGUGGUUUCUGAUCAAGCUUACACACUUCACACUCACUCCGGCACACCCACGGAGGGCGCGGCGUCGGACUUGGCCGGCGCGGUCGAGCAGGGAGUCAUCUCAGCGCUGUUGAGUGGUCUGGUUGACUGCGAUAGACCUGUGGGUCUGAAGGCCUGUCGACUGCUGAUAACACUCAGAGACACAGUCUGCCCUCUGUCGCUAGGGGCGCUGGAUGCAACUGCUGCCAUGGCAACAGUGUCCUGUGAGCUGCCUGGCCAGGGAUGGGGGCAGGAGAUCAGGAAGAUACUGGGGAUGAAGAUGAGCAACAUCGCAGCUCAGAGAAGUACGAACGGAGCAGCCGAGGGAGGCGACGGCGUGACUGUGAGUGUGUGUGAGGCGUUGAGGUCGCUGGGUUUAGACGAGAGGCUGGACGUCCUGACUCAAAGCAGCGACCACGUCCACAACUCGCCCCUCUCUCUGCUGCAGGACAUACUGACUGCGAGCGCCGCUCACACUCAUCCAGACACACAACCAGGACAAGAGGUCAUCGUGGACUGCUACUGACACACACACACACACACACACACACACACACACACACACACACAGCCUUGCGUUGGUUUGUUAUCAGUGAUGAACAACACACUCUUAACUCAGGGUACAUUUGCCUUCAUGAUGUUGUGAUAUUUUGGUUACUUUAGUAAAAGAGGAA